AUGUUGCUGUUUGUUGGAAUAAUACUGAUUAAUUGGAUUCAUGGUACCUGUAUCGAAUUAAGAUCAAUAAACUUCGACCUUUCACCUUUACAGCAGACCAUGGCACCACAAACGAAAUCUUCGAUACUGCCUACUAUAACAGUGAAAAAUAUCACUGAUAGCGAUACUCGGCCCAAUGAUACUGAUAAAAAAAUAGUAUCAUGGGAAUGUGGUAAUGAUCAUUUCACAAAGCUUGUCAGUGAAACUAAGGUUCGACGAAAUUGCCCACGACUGAGAAAACCAAUUAAUCAAUGUUGUAUUAAUCAUGAUGAUUGCUAUAGUAAGCAAUUAGGAAGGAAAUAUUGUGAUGAUGUAUUUUGUGAAUGUCUUCAGGUUGCUACUAAGCCGAGUUUCAUUUGCAAUAACCAAGGACGAUCAUUUUGUGAACUUGUUCGGUUUUUUGGUGAAUUAGCUUAUAUUAAUGCUGGAAGAGAAGAAGAAAAGAAAGCAACGAAAAUCACUGGAAUUCUACAGAGAGAUGAUACGCCGAAAACAUGA